GCCGCAAGGUUUUUGAGAAACGACUGUAAUCCUUCUAUGGACCCCGUAUAUGUUUCUAACACAUUAAUAAUGUUUUUGCUGGCUAUGGUGCCAUAUAGCCUUCAUUCUUGACCACAAUCUGGAUACAUAUUUCACCACCCCAUUGCUAACUGCUACCAUAAUGGAAGAGUGGGAGCGUCUAACAACUAAAGCAUAAUAAUUGUUGUUCUCUGACCACGAUCUUCCUUUAUCUCUGCAUACAUUGACCUCAACCAUCAAUCACAAUUGAUAUUUAAUAUGGAUGUUUUGUCCCAGCACCUGAAUUUCAAACGACAGCGCACCACGCACAAGCCAAGACCGGGUGCUAUCUCAGCCUCUGCUCGUCUAUUCCCUUUUUCCUUGCAGUUCGUUUCAAUCCUUUGGAAUGGAAGGUGGUAAUGUGGAACAAGAUACCCAGUACACGGCCGAGCAGAAGGGCAAAGGCAGGGAAGGAUUUGAAGAGAAGGGCAGCGGGCACUCCUACGAUGUCGGUAAAAACCCUCCUCCACCGAUUCCAAAUAAACGUGGACGGCCAAAGAAGGAACCGGCAAUUAUCCUUCCACGGCAACCAACGCGACCGAAUGCCAACAACAAACACGAAAAAAAUAAAUAUCAAAUAGUGGAGGGAAGCGUUGGUAAACCUCUGAGAAAGAAAGGUAACUCAAAACGCAAGGAUACCAUGAGAUGGUUCAUUGAAGAGAACAAGCCAAUCAUCCAUAACUCGGUCACUCACAACGCAGAAGCGAACGAAGAUUGCCCCUCAGAACUCAGGCCGCGCCAGUGGUGUAGUAACAGAACAGAGCUACUGUUAAUACAUCCCGAGUUAUCAGGUAAAUCGUGCGUGAAUGGGAUAUGCUGGGAAGGCACACCUCUUCCUGUCAUCCUGCUGGAAGGUCGACACGGAAUUUCAAUUUCGUCUCCCAAAUCUAGGGAGGGAGAGGGGUUGAACUGCGGGUCGAGCCAAACUACGAUGGACGUGACGAUAAAACGGACCUUUGAAUGUGCGAUCAAAGACUUGCCUGGUGGAACCCUCCCUCACAGUAUACUCCACUCAUACCACACUGUUGCCCUUCCGCAGACUGACAGCGUCGCUCCCGACGAAGGCGUGCCAUCUUGUUCCAGAGUACUUGAACCAGUAGAAACUUCAGAGCCAGUUCAGGCUCAAAACGAGAGCGGGCAGAAGGUAGAGCGGAUAGUUGAAACGGGAAUCAAUUUUGUUACUGCCGAAACGUUAAUCAAGCACGAAAUACUUGAUAUUCCCCUCUCUCUGGUCGACGGUCCACCCUGUCUUGAGGAAACCCUUGGAAAUCGUGUCAAGAAUAGCCAAAAGUCGUCAUGCAAAAGCAAACGACUAAAAGUAACCGAUUCUGGUGAUGGUACGGCUCGCAAGGAUUCCAAACCGCACAGCGGCCGAGCCCUGAACUCCCAGAACAUGGAGCCCGGAGAACAACCCAGACUUGCCCAUGAACACCACGUCUCGUCCUCCGGCGUGGAGGAUCGAGAGCAAGGGCGCAUAACCAUUCCUCAGCCUAUUGGCCCGGAAACCUUCGUUUCAAAUGGAGCAUGUUCUCAAACAUCCCCUUCUCCAUCGAACUCCCUGUCAGAAUUGACGAUAAGUACCCAAUGCAACUCGAAGCUACGCGGUCUAUCACCCUUGUCUCCCCUGACUCCCUCUCCCGUCUUUGAACAUGGAGACAUCUGUGGAACCUUAACCCUUCGACGUAGCAGAAGAAUAUCCGAACACAAGAUUUCCCAUGACACCAUUCCUCGAACUGGAAAAAGAAAAAGAGAAAUAACUCCCGCGUCAAGUAAGCCAAGAAAAAAGAAAAAGAGAAGUGAUCGCGGGAAGGUAAUACACCUACCAUACAUUAAGGAAGAAGACGUCGCGGCUUCAAGUCCUGUCAAGUCCCACGCAAUGACCGUCCGACAGAGUAAAGGAAAAGAGGAAUAUGUAAAUUCGUCUCGUGGGUCAUCAAGAAAAGCUGGUGUCACAAAGUUGGCCGGGCCGCCCAAAAACUUCGCCAAGUUGAUUUCCCCAUCCCAAGACGAGAGAGAUUUUCAGACUCCCAAAGUGACUCCUUCGCAACCCGCGCCUUCAUUGCCGUUUACAGUGAGCAAACCGAAAUACGCAGGAAUGAAAUUCAAAAAAACUAAAGCUCCGGCUGCUGUACCUGCUGCAGACAUGAAAGAAAGCUCUGCCACACCUACGGUGGAACAAUCGCCAGAUUUCCAUACCAGUACCUUCCAUGACACAGCGAAAACUUGCCCGACUACUGUUCAAACAAUCAACAUUGAUCCUGGGGAGUUUAGAUCAAAUCCCAACGUUAUCGUCGGGCAUCCUUUCCCGCUUCAAAAUUCACCAUUCAACGAACCGGCACCCUUGGUCAUCCCACCCAUUUCGACCCAAACCAUUUCAAACCCUUACCAUUUUGCCGUCCUUUCCAAUGAGAAUAAGGUGUCGGCUGUGAUACCUUCGAUCCACUCGAUUGAGGCGCCUUCGAACGACAAGGCAGGUCAUCUCUUAGAGCUAUUACAAGCAAACGAAGGUUCGCAGCAAGACAUUGGAUCUUUAUCCCUCGCGCCUACAUUCCCUCCGAUCGAAAGUGCCGAUUGUGUGGAACGUGCACCGCUGAAGGAUACCUCAUACCAAUCCUUAGAUAAUAGGCUAGAACCAACGAUCUCUCCAACUUUGUUGACGAUACCUUCUCCGAUACCUUCUCCGAUACCCUCCGAAAUCCAAGCAGUGAUCGAUCUACAAACCAAUAACGCACUAAUUCUAGGAAUAGCAUCGCGAGAGGUCUUCAAUGACAAAGCUGGCACAAGAUUGGCAGAUGAAUACGGCUAUCUUUACACUGGUUUAUGGCGAGUGAUUGACACCAAGACUGCCAGUUUAUCGCAGGAAAUGUUAACGAGAUCCGGUUACGUUGGGCCAGAUGGCAAGUUUCGGGGGAGAGUUCAGUGGACAUUCACACUUCAGUGGGUUCCAGGAAAGGAGGAAGGGUGGGACCCGCGUAUCACUUUGUAUCCCUGGUGGCACCAUUUUAGGAAUGUCGAAUCUCCGCUAUCGACAACUGACACUGUAUCGAGUUAUGCAAGUCUUAUUUGUCCGACGCUACUGAUAUGCAACAUCAAAGACGACGGAAGGAGACAGGACAAAUGGAGUGCUGGAGAUGGAGAUGCGGGUUCCACUAGGGGAUGGUAUUGCUCUGAUUGCGGGAAGUUUAAUCGUCAAACGUACUGGAGGAGACGAAAGUGUGGAAGCACUCUCUGUCGUGAUAAACUAGUGACAGCUUGCUCAGUGAAGUCUCUCGAUCACGUCAGAGAGCGCGGUCAACAACAGCCUAUCGUUCUUCCCAUGAACACGCAUCCUCGUUAUAUCGAUCCACUAAUUAUAGAAUGGAAAGACGGAUUAAUGACAUUGGUCUACGAGACCGGUCUCGAACACAGUAUAAGACAUGUCUUCACUUGUAAUGUUGGAUUACUGCAAGAAGAACAGACGAGUUUAUUUGAGAAGAUCCAAGAACACCUUCUUCUGCGAAGGAAACCGGAAGAUUCUAGACCAUACUUCUCAUAUGCUAUCGCGGAGGUUCCUUCGACUUUCACUUUGGCGAACGAAUUCUCUGCAACAGUCGAAACCUGGGAUCAAGCUCACCCCUGCAUCACACAGACGAGAGGUUUACUCUCUCAUACCGCUCGGCAUUAUGGAGAGCUCAAGCAUGUUCUAGAGAUCAAAAGCCUUUUACUGCUUACGUGGACUGUCGGUGGGCGUAGAAAGGCAAAGAUUCCACUGCAAGCGAAAGAGCAGGGCAUAAUCUUGAUGACUUUGGGUCACGAAACUUUGAUCAGUUUAUCGCCCAAGUCUGGCUUACGGCGGGUCGAGGUUAACUCUGGCACAAGUAACACAACGGAAGACCUACAUGCUCCUCCAUCUGGUUCUGGUUUUGCAUGUACCCAACCGACCGAAGAUCUUGCUCCUAUUAUAAUCAAACCAGAACCUUUGGAACAACCAAUGGACAUUGAUGCUCCCGGAUUGCUGUCAUUUCCCCCGGAAGAGUUAGGAGGGAUCGAUAGGAAGGAUUUUGAGCUUAUUCCUAUUAAUUGCACGGGAUGCCCCGCAGAACGACCUAAAAACGUUGAUCAGAGAAAGGACAGUGUUUUGAAAUUCACUCUCGUGCACGGUGAUGCACUCAUUCUUUUCGGGGAUGAUUUUGAGUAUACAAUAGAGAGGGAUGGCGUCAGCAUUCUUCUUAUAGGUGUAUUAGGCUGAGAGAUGUGUGUAGUUGUACAAGCAGAUCUUUUCGUAAUGGAUUAAGUAUGUUGUAUUAGCACCUCGGUGCGAAGAGAUGGAAGGCACGAAAUCGGAAACACAAUAAAGCUACACAAAACAUCGACAACGCCA